AUGAAGCUAAACACUCUUUUCCUUAUAACAAACGCUAUCGCUCUAGCUUCGGCUUACUCUCCGACAGGUGGUUAUGCUCCAGGAAAUGUCAGUUGUCCCGAGAGAAGUACUUCAGGAAGCUCAAAUUUGGUUAGAGAAGCCCAUUCAUUGAGUGAGGAUGAGAAAGACUGGUUAGAUAAAAGACAUGAAAUCACAGAUGAAGCACUAAGAGAAUUCUUGGAGAGAGCCGAUUUACAAGAUUUCAACAUUGAUGAUUUCUUUGAUAACGUUAAUGGUUCAAUUAAUAUUGGUUUAGCCUUCUCUGGUGGUGGUUAUAGAGCUAUGCUUUGUGGUGCUGGUCAAAUUAGUGCCUUAGAUGAUAGAACACAUGGUGCAAAUGAUACUGGUCUUGGUGGGCUAUUACAAUCUGCAACUUAUUUAUCCGGUCUAUCAGGUGGUAAUUGGUUGACUGGUACUCUAGCAUUGAACAAUUGGACAAGUGUUCAAGAAUUGAUUGGAAAUACUACUAUUUGGAACUUGGAGCAUUCAAUUUUUGCAAGUGGUGGUUGGAAUAUUUUCAAAACUUUUAAUCAAUGGGAUGAAAUUGACGAUGCUAUUGAUGCCAAAAGAGAUGCCCAUUUUAACACUUCUUUAACAGAUAUUUGGGGAAGAGCUCUAUCUUAUCAAUUUUUUGGCAGAGAAAAUGAUGGUGACAUUGGGUUAACCUUUUCUACAUUAAGAGAUGUUGAAGUUUUCCAAAAUGCUGAAAUGCCAUUCCCAAUUAGUGUUGCAGAUGGUAGAACACCAGGUUCCACAAUUGUUAACUUAAAUUCAACCGUUUUUGAGUUUAAUCCUUUUGAAAUGGGCUCUUGGGAUCCUUCUGUUUACGCAUUCACUGACUUGAAAUAUUUGGGUACUGAAGUGAACAAUGGUGUUCCUCAAGCUGAUCAAUGUAUUAUGGGUUUUGAUAACGCUGGGUUCGUCUUGGGUACCUCAUCUUCCUUAUUCAACCAAUUUCUUUUACAACUGAAUACAACAGGUAUCAAAGGUGCAGUUUACAAUCUAAUUGAAGAUUUUUUACAAAAUUUAAGUGAAGAUUUCGAUGAUAUUGCAAUUUAUAAUCCUAAUCCAUUUUAUCAUUCAAAUCAUUCAACAGUUCGCACAAUUGUUGAAGAUGAAACUUUAUACCUAUGUGAUGGUGGUGAAGAUUUACAAAAUGUUCCAUUAGCACCUUUAGUCCAACCGGAACGUGAUCUUGACAUCAUCUUUGCAUUUGAUAAUUCAGCUGAUACUAAUGAUUCUUUCCCCAAUGGUGCUUCAUUAAUCGCAACUUAUGAACGUCAAUUCUCUGUUCAAGGUAAUGGUACUUCAUUCCCAUAUGUUCCAGAUAAAGAAACUUUUAUUGGUCUCAAUUUAACUCAAAAACCAACAUUUUUCGGUUGUAAUGCCUCAAACAUGACAGGUUUAACUACAAUCCCUCCAUUAGUUGUUUAUAUUGCAAAUACUCCAUACACUUAUUGGUCAAACACAUCAACUUUCAAAAUGGAAUAUGAUGAGGAUGAAAAACUUUCAAUGAUUCAAAACGGUUAUGAAGUUGCUUCAAGAUAUAACUUAACAAUUGAUCAAGAUUGGCAGAAAUGUGUUUCUUGUGCAAUUAUUCGUCGUGAACAAGAACGUAACAAUCAAACACAAUCUGAAGAAUGUUCAAGAUGUUUCCAAGAAUACUGUUGGGAUGGUAUAACAGUUAGUGAUAGUAGUGUAUCUGCAUUAAGAUCAAAUAACUGGACCUCCACUGCUGAUAUUAACAAAGCAAACACUUCUGGUGAAGUAUCUUCAAGCUCUCAAGGUGGUGGUUCUUCCUCAACAGGUUCAACUUCAUCAUCCUCAUCCUCUUCAAGCCAUAGCAGAUCAAGUGCUGUUUCAAUCAAAUUGUCAUACAAAUCAGUUUCAGCUUUAUUAUACUCUACACUUCUAGUUUCUUCAAUCGUUCUAUUCUUCUAA